AUGGAUCAAAUUAUUAAUAUCGAUCUACCUGUGUCUGUGGUUUUUUUUGGGAGCCCCGGAGCGGGAAAAUCUACUCUUGCAAAUAUGUUGCUUCAAGAGGAUCUUUGUUCUAAAAAUUUAUUCCCAAUGAGUGAUAGUGCAGCAGGUGGAAAUUCCGAAAUAAUAUUCAGUAGCACCGACGUUUUUGCAGUAUACGAUACGGUCGGACUGUGUGUAACAUCCAAAGGCAAAGUUUCAAAUAAAGAUGCUAUCAAAAAGGUUAGAAGUUGUUUCUCAGCGACGAAAUUACCGCUCAACUAUAUAUGCUACGUUAUAAAGAAAGGGAGAUUCACUGAUGCAGACAAAAAUGGAUUUAAGGAAUUUCAAAAAAUAUUUAAAGGAGGAGAAAGAAAUUUUGUUAUCAUAAUCACUAAUAGCGAUUCGAAAUGGGUCAGCGAAAAUAAGGAGACAAUAAGGAAAUAUUUUGGAAAUCAUGAAAUCAUUGCAGUUGAUUUUCCAUUUAACGAUGAUUAUGACGCCGAUAUUCAGAAAAAAAAGAGGAAGGAGAAUGCGGCUCUUCUAACAAAUUCAUUAUUGUCCCUAGGAUUCGAAUGUGCCCCAUUAGAUAUUUAUGGUUCGAAAGUCGAGUCAAAAGUGAAGGAAAUCGUUGAUUUUGUGCCUAUUAUUGGUACGGCAUAUAAACUUAUCUCUGCUGGUACAUAUUAUAUCUUACAAAAUCCACAAUUAGCAAAGAAACGAUUAAAGGAAGCGCUUGAGGACAUUCCUAAAAUUUUCUCUAAAAUUCCUAUCAGACUAUUAACUAAUUAA